AUCUCCUUAGUCUCCGAUACUCUCAGUUGUCCCUGAUCCCUAUUGGUUCUUUCGAAAGAUCAUUGCUUUGAAUCUGAUGAAUUGCUUUUCUUCUUCGUCGGGCUAGGUUUGCGAUACCCACCACUUUGUUGGAGACUCUGUCGAUACAAGUCACACAGCUAGUGACAAGUGCGUGAGAAGUUCGUUUUACCAAACCUUGCACACCAGGUGUUCGACGAUUUGUCUCUGUGAAACCUCACCGUUUAGUUUCCAUCAACGAUUGCAGAACUGGUCUCUUUCCCUUCAAUGGCUUUUACGGUUUUGAGAAGAAACUGUCUCCGUUUGCUGGAUUCCACCUCCGUUUUAAGACCAGCAUCAUAUUGUUUCUCAUCGAGAUUCUCCAAUAGCGGAACUGGGGAAAAAGAUUCAGUGGGUGAAAACGUUAUUGGUUUGAGUGGCUGUGGUAUAGAAACUGUGGAUGAUGAGUCUUGGCAUGUCUCAUCAUCUUUAUCACAAGCCUGGAGACAAUACCAAGCUGACAACACUCCUAAAAACUCACCCUUUACAAUACAACAAGGAAGAGAAACAACAAUGCUUGAUGAUGAAGACAAUCCGGAUCAUGAUCAUGAUGAAAUCGAUAAUAUGAGAAUCCGCGGUGAUCUUUUCUUCAAGCUAGAUCGAGGUUCAAAAGAAUUCGAGGAAUACAACUAUGACUUCCACCGCAAGAAUCAACACAAGAACGCAAGAAAAGAGCAAAACCAAGAAGAAGAAGAAGAAGAAGAAACAAAGAUGAAGAAGAAGGAAGUUCGUGAGGAAUACAAGAAGAGAAAUGAACCGAUGAUCAACUCUUUUACCGGCGAAACAGAUCAUCCUUAUAAUGCAGGAGCUGAGAAGAAGAGAGAAAGAACGUUUACGUUUAACCAACUCACAGCACCUUUUCACUACCCGUUUUGCUUAGAUAUAUACAUCUCAAAGGCCUCGGUUCGAGCAUGUGUGAUUCACAGGGUGACUAGUAAAGUUGUCACUGUUGCUCAUUCUAUUUCGAAAGAUAUGAAGUUCGAUCUUGGUUCGACUAGAAACGCUGAAGCUUGUGCUGCGGUUGGGGCAGUCCUUGCUCAAAGAAGCUUGGAAGAUGACAUACAUGAUGUUAUAUAUACUCCUAGGAAAGGAGAUAAAAUUGAAGGUAAGCUUCAGGUUGUGCUUCAAGCUCUUAUUGAGAAUGGUGUUAAUGUUAAAGUGAAGCUUAAGCAGAGGAAACUCAAGAAGAAGACUAAUCAUCUAACAUAGUGGUUCUUCUCUCCUUAGAAAACUCAAGAAGAAGACUCCAAGAAUGUUCGAGCUCCUCCACAUUUUCAUCUAAGUUGUACCAAACAGUGAUUCAGUUACAUUAAUAUAAGUAUUCUUAGUACCCAGACCACGGUUAAUGAUCACUUUACACAUCUAGUUAAAAAUAGAAUGUGUCACAAACAAUGAUUUAAAGUUUAUAUAAGUGUUGAAUUAGUCAAAGGGGAAUGUAAGAUAUGUUUCUGUUUU